AUGGCCAAACAAUCUGAAAAGAAACGGGCAUUACGUGAGGAAAAACUUACCCAGCGUUACAAAAUUGCAAUGUACUUUUCCAUGAUCUCAUGGAUACUUGUUAACUUACUGAGAAAAACUCCAAUCAAUUUCACUAAUGUAUCUAGAUUCAUAGUAAUUUACACCUACUACUUCAUAGCUACUAGUCAAAUUUUUAAGUCAUUAGAUUUGGGCGUCCCAUUUUCCAUAUGGAAUGAUCUCUUCAUAGUCACUUUUUUGUCUCAAAUAUUAUCAAUCUUCACGCCUUUAGGAUACAAGCUCUUAUACAUCGUGCCAUUUUACCUAUCUUACAAGGGAUUUGCACUUCUUUACAAUUGGUGUACCGAGAAGCCCCCUCUAGACGAACAUUUGUGCCAAAAGAAACAGCAGAAGCAGAAAGUAAAAUAUAUCAGACACUAA